UAGUGGCCAUCCGCGCGUAUUCUUCAGUUUUUCACUGACCUCCAGUUCGGCCUUGGUGGUUUGAGGAACACGACCAAAACCCUAACCCUAAUCAUAACCGCAUCCGUCCAUGGCCUCCGAUGCACAUGGCUCCCGUCACAAGCACCGGCGCUCAUCUUCUCCCGAAGAAGUCGAGCGAUCCUCUAAACGUCACAAGCACCGCCACCAUGGCCACCGCCAUCAUCGGCACCGCCACGGUAGCAGGAAACACGAAGAGGAGCAUGAACUCGAUGCCGAAACUGUUAAUAAGGUUCCUUCUCCAACUCUUGGUCCUGAGUCUGACAGGCCUGAUGAUGAUGUGGAGGAGGGGGAGAUUCUUGAAGAGGAGGGUCCCGGUGGCCGAGAUGGUGAGAUUGGAAAAAAGCAUACGGAGUCCGAUGCUGAGUCUGGUGAAAUCAUGGCCACGGGAGGUCGAGGUAUUCGAUCCGAUAAUUCAAAUCCGGUACCUUCCACCGAAGAGAUGUUGCAUGGGAAGGACGCCAUUCCCUCUAAAGAGAAAGUAGUGACUACUGCUAAAGGUUUAGAAACUAAUAGUGAGGAUAUCAACAAUGGUAGAUUUAUUAGUCCACGAUUGGAUGGAGAAGAUGAUACUCGCCAUCAGGGACACACUGGUCACAGUAGAAAUGAAGUUGAUGGUUCUCCUACUCAUUCAAGUGCGGAGUCCGUAGAUGCUAAGCAUGCUAGAGCUAUUUCGGAUGGUUUGGGCAAUGGGUAUUUGGAUCGUAAAUCUUCCAAAGAGGAUAAAUGGCCGCAUGGGGAGCUUGGAUGUUUUAAAGGAAAUGAAAAGCUGAAAGGUGACUAUGACAACGAAGAUCUGGAGGUUAAUGGAGGCAAAUUAAGGAUUCAUAGGAAGAACUCCUCCCCUGAAAGUGGAGGUAGCAAAUAUAGGGCCAGGGAAAGCUCACCUAAUUAUAGGUGUAGGAGUCGAUCCAGAUCAAGUGGUCAUACUCAUAGUGUAAUAGAAGAAUAUGCUCAUUCCAGGAGGAGGAAUGACGAGGAAAGAAUUGGGGAAUAUGGCAGGGAGCGUGGACAUGUGAGUAGGGAUUUGGUGGCAGGUGAUAGAAGGGAGCACAGUUCCAGCUAUUACAGUCGGGAGGCCCGAGAUAGAGAUAGGAGCAAGGACAGGGAUGGGGAUAGGGACCUAAGAAGAGAAAAGGAACGGGAAAGGAGCCGGAAUAGGGAGGAUGAUCGUGUGCAUAGGAGGGGAAAAGAACGUGAAAGGAGUCAUGAGAAGGAUAGAAGGGAUGUGGAAAAAAGAACGAAGAGAAAGGAGCGAGAUAGAGAGAGGAGCUGGGAGAUUGUGGCUGAGCGGCAUAGAAGUGAUAGGGGACGAGAGAGGAGUAGGGACAGAGGAAGGGUUGGGGAGAGAGAUAGAGUUCGUGAGAGUGAAAGGGAUGAUAAACAUCGAGAAAGAGAUAAGAUUAGGGAGAGGGAGAGGCGUAAGGAUAGAAAUGUUCUUGAUAAAGAUAAAAAUCUGGGUUAUGAGCAUGGUAAUGAGAGCCGGGACGGAGAUAUGCGCCGUAAGCAUUUGAGACAUGAAGAAGCAGAAAGCCAUAGGGAGAAAAAAAGAAAUUCUGAGUCUGUGACAGUUGAUAAACCUGUGGACAGGGGUGAGGAUGAACAAGAUGACCUGGAUGAGACGGUUACGUUGCCAUUUGCAGAACAAGAAGAGGAAGACCUCAAUAGAAUUAAGGAGGAGAGUAGAAGGAGGAGGGAAGCAAUCUUAGAGAAAUAUAAAAAGCAGCAACCAAGCAGCAUCAACAAGAAGAACAAACUUCUGAAAAUAAAAAAAAGUGGGUUACUUUUUAUACUAAAACACGCUUUUGAACUAUGGUUAGAUAAGGAUCCUGUGAAUGUUCCGGCUACUGUUUCUGAAGCUCCUGAUGCUAAGAACGAUGGUGCUGAUGUUUUUGAAACGGAACCAUCUUUUGCUGUUGGUAAAUCACCCCGAGAAAAUGGAAAUGAUGCAUCCGAAAAGAUCCCUGGUGUUGCUGGGGGCUUGGGAGAGGGUUCACCAAAGAGUGAAAGAUCCGAUGACCAGUUUUGUGAUGACAUAUUUGGUGAGACACCAACAGGAGUUCGCAAAUCAGGCAAAGGGGAUGGAUUGCGUGUUGACAGGGGUGGAUUGCAUGACAAUUGGGAUGAUGCAGAGGGGUAUUACAGCUAUCGUUUUGGUGAAAUACUUGAUGGUCGAUAUGAAGUCACAGCAGCUCAUGGUAAAGGUGUCUUUUCAACAGUUGUUCGUGCAAAGAAUCUAAAAGCUGGUAAUGGUGAGCCAGAAGAAGUAGCUAUAAAAAUUAUUCGUAAUAAUGACACCAUGUACAAGGCUGGUAUGGAUGAGUUGGUCAUACUAAAGAAAUUAGUAGGUUCAGAUCCAGAUGAUAAGCGUCAUUGUGUUCGUUUCCUUUCAAGUUUUAAGUACAGGAAUCACCUUUGUUUAGUUUUUGAAUCUCUUCAUAUGAAUCUGCGUGAGGUUUUAAAGAAGUUUGGUCGCAAUAUUGGCCUUAGGCUAACAGCUGUGAGAGCGUACGCGAAACAACUCUUUAUUGCAUUGAAGCAUCUUCGGAACUGUGGUGUUCUCCAUUGUGAUAUAAAGCCAGACAAUAUGUUGGUGAAUGAAGCAAAAAAUGUUUUGAAGCUUUGUGACUUUGGUAAUGCUAUGUUUGCUGGAAAGAAUGAAGUCACACCAUACCUUGUGAGUCGCUUUUAUCGUGCCCCUGAAAUAAUACUUGGCUUGUCAUAUGAUCAUCCGUUAGAUAUUUGGUCUGUUGGAUGUUGUUUGUACGAACUUUAUACUGGAAAAGUUCUUUUCCCAGGUGGUACUAACAAUGACAUGCUACGGCUUCACAUGGAAUUGAAGGGUGCUUUUCCGAAGAAGAUGCUUCGUAAGGGAGCAUUUAUUGAUCAGCAUUUUGACCAGGACUUGAAUUUUCUUGCUACAGAAGAGGAUCCAGUGACGAGAAAGGCUAUAAAGCGGUUGAUUCUCAACAUGAAGCCCAAAGACAUUGGAACUAUCAUUGCUGGCUCUCCUGGAGAGGAUCCGAAGAUGUUAGCUAAUUUCAAAGAUCUUCUGGACAAGGUUUUUGUCCUGGAUCCGGAGAAGAGGUUGACAGUCUCACAAGCAUUAAGCCAUCCAUUCAUCACUGGCAAGUGAACAAUGUUGCUGAUUUUGACUCCGAAAUGAUGUUUGCUGAUUUUUGUACAUAAUGACCCAAUUCAUAGUGAUUCUAAUCAUUUGAUAUUAUUUAUCUUCUA